AUGGAGAGGCAAGAACUCCAGCGUUGGCAACUUGUGCUUGCAGACCCAGUAGAAGAGGCGGGCCUCCCUGUCGUGGAACACAUGAAGCUCGUGCGCUUCCCCGAGUCCAUGUUGUUAGCUGCUUUGGGCUCAGCUCGAGCUGCUACAGUCGGCAAACAUGUGCGGGAGUGGAAGAAGGUCAAGCUCUACUGCUUGGCUACGAGUGGUAAGGCAUGGCCUGUGCACGUGGGUAUGCUUCUCGACUAUCUGCACGAGCGAUAUCUGGAGCCCUGUGCCCGCACGGUGCCGCAGGCGAUUCUUGCCAGUUUGUCCUUCCUGGAGAAAGCUGGAGGAGUUGCUUCUGAUGAGCGUUUUCUUUCUCCGCUGCCUGCUUUGCGCAACACAGUCAACCAGCUGACCGCUGACUUGGAAGCCACUGGCUCCUCCGAAGCGGAAGGAAAGCGGGUCCGCUUCUUACCAGUCUUCGUUAGCAGGCAUGUUUUCUUCAUGAAGCCUGAUUGGUUGGAGGUGGGUUGGUCUGUUUGGUCCUCUGCUGACAUGUACUUUGAGCGUGACUACUUCUUGCCGUUGCCAAAUGCAGAUGCGUCUGGUGCAAUGUACCGCAUGUCAGAUUAUGCACACACUUUGGCUGGAUCAAAGCGUCUAUUGCGGUUUCUGAAGCGUCCAUUUUGGGAUGGCCAGCGAUGGAAGCUCGCCGACAAGUUUCUCAUUGUCGAAGCUGAUGUGCUCUCCUUCUGGACGGAACAUUCGGAGAGAAACUGGCUUGUUUCUGUCCUAGCUAGCCUCGGAGGUCCACGAGACAAGCGUGAUUUCGUUGGCCGCUGGCGGGUGAUUACGGCUUCGGACGAAUACAUCCGUACGGCCCAGCACGUAGUGAUUACGUUGCAAGAGAGUGCGCUCGAAGGUGUUCGCCGAGAUAAUCGGUGGCACUUGGUCGACGGGGGCCUGGACGAUUUGGAAGUGUUCCUGGCUGAUCGUGGCGUGGGUCAUGUUGAUGCUCUGGCCCAAGUGGCUCUGCUACGUUUGGGCACAUCUUGCGCUAAGGGCACGAAGCCCGGCGGCUCCUGUCCGGUGCCGCCGGCGGACGAGUGCAUCUUGAACCUCGCUGAAGCAGAUGCGGCCCCGCCAUUCUUCAUCGCGGUGGCUGAGUAUGAUGUUCCCUGCAAGCACUGCUGGCGCAAUGGCAAGCAGCCGCAAGACCCCACGCGUGAGGCAUCAGGUGAUCUCGCGAUGACGGACACCCGCUCCGACGAUCAGAUCCUGGCUUCUGCGGAAUCACCGCUGCGUUACAUCAUGGACGAUGUUGGCAUGCCUGAGGCCAUGCAAGUCAAGUUGUUCAGGAAAGGCUUCAUUUCCCUUCACAUUUUUGCCGGGAUUGAUGAAACCCGUGCAGAAGUUCGUCAAGCCUUGGCGACAGAGCUUCCCCUGGACUGCAGCACAGGGGCAGAAGCCCGUGUCAGCAUGGCAUUGUUAUUGACAGCGUGGGAAGUUUGCCGGCGUCAGAUCUCGGUCAAUGACAAGAAGCGUGCUGAGGCGAAGCUUGGCGUUCAAGACCGUUUCGUUCAAGUGACCGAGUACGCUGCCAUGCGAGAGGCGGUGGAAAAUGGCGACGGAGUGCUGGGCGAUGAAGAGCUGCCUUCCAAGACUUCCAAGUCCCUGUUGGCUCAAAAGCUGGAACAGGUGGAGGACAACGCCCCGCACGUGGAAGAUCUACGGGAUGUCACCAGUGCUGAAGGACGUACUAUGACCACUCCACCUGGCAGUCCUGAGGAGCUGAGGCUCCGACGGAUUGGAUUGGCGUGGCUUAUGGGUGAUAAAGUUGCUGGCUUGCGCACAGAGGAUGGUCGUGCUCCCAAGUGGAGCUUGGUGCUAAAGUAUGAGGCUGAGGUGCGGAAGAACGCGUACAAAUACAUCCGGGCAGGCGAGGCGACCGACAUCGGUGAUGCCAUCAACAAGGCUUGUCGUGCGCCUGAUUUGCUUGCGUUCCACUUUGUGACACCCUUCUCCCUUGGCGCCUUCGUUCUUUCGAGUACAACCACUUCUGUUUUGGCUUUGCCGGAUUCGCCACAUGUUCCGCCGCCGCCGGAGCCCUUGUUUGCUCGACCCGGAAAAGGGACCGGCAAGGGCGGCGGCAAGGAUUCUCUCAAGGGCAAGGGUGUGCAAAAGACCAUUGCAAAGCACAAGUUUGCCAGUGAUGGUCGGCUCAUCUGUUUCUUCUGCAACAAGUCCAAGGGAUGCGCAAAGAAGGACUGCAAGUUCGCACAUGUUUGCCAGCGUUGCCUUGGUGAGCAUUCGUACACUGCCUGCUUCAGGUCAGUUGUUGCCUGCGGAUGGGGCGUCUUCUGCACAACUGGCCUGCGCGCCUCAAAAGAGGGCUGGGAACGUACUGGCGAAGCUGCUUGGGAGCUGGAGCCCAGCAAAGCAGUGGACGCCGACCUGGAAGCCAGCUCUGAGGCAUGUGCGAUGGUUUUGGUCUUUGUUCGCCUGGACGGUGGCCUCCUGAGCGGCGGAAAGUUCCUGGAUGUUCAACAGCUGGCUUCUUCGUUUGCGGACGGCAAGGUUGUGUCGUGUCCCUUCAGUGCUGCACUCAUCCAGGAAGGGCGUGACUUGAUCUUCAAAGCCUUGGAUAGCGUGGGCCCAACGAUUGCUGGAGAUCCGGAUCACAAAGCCUUCUUCUCGUCCAGCGUAUCGUUUGCAAAGGGUGUUAGGUUGGGUGUCGGCGUCAAGAACCCGCGUGUGCCGGCCGUUUUCGAGCGCAAGACAAAGUGGCGGAAGUAUCCCGAAGAAUGCCUUGCAGAAGGUUGUGACCGCGAGAACUACUUGUCCGCCAAGGAGCAUGCGCUUGAGGUCCAGCAGCAAUUCCUCGCGGAAGCCGAGGAGGAAGCCAUGAUCGAGGUUCCCACAGCGGAAGCCCUUGCCUCGUACGGGUCUAAGCUGUCAGUUGCGUCGCUGGGUGCCAUAGAGAAGAAAGAUGGCUCUUGCCGCGUGGUCCACGAUGGAACGCAUGGGGUCAAUGUCAAUGCUCGCAUCAAGUUGCGAGAUCAGUUGCGCAACCCAACUGCCGGCGACCUCUGUUCCGUCCUCAAGUUCAUGCCUGGA